CAUAUCUAUCCAUAAAAUAUUCUUUCUUUUUAAGAAUUAUUUUAUAUUAGUUAUCUCAAAUGUCACACUAUAUAAAUAGUAAGCAGCAUGUUUGUGCAACAACCAAAUGAGAUAGAUAGAUAUAUAUCUUUUGCUGAAACUUGAAGAAAUAAUAACCAAAAAAAAACGAACAUGGGAAAAGAAGCAAAGAUCAGAAACUUUCAAAUGUUUCCAACACCUGAGGAAAUAAUUGAUGAAGCAAAAAAUUAUCAGCAAAGUUAUUUCAAUAUAACAGAGAAAAACAUUAGUAGUGAUAAUAACAAAAGUUGUGAUUCUUCUACAUCUGUUGAUUCUACAAAAGAAAGUUCAAAUUCAUCUAUCAUAAGUUUUUCUUCAUCAGAUUUAAUGGAGGAUGCAACUUCUUCUUCUUCAUCUUCAUCUUCAAAUGGACCUUUAUAUCAGUUGUCAGAUCUCAUGGAUCAACUUCCUAUCAAGAGAGGACUUUCAAAGUAUUAUCAAGGCAAAUCAGAGUCAUUUACAUCACUAGCAAGUGUUGGAAAUUUGGAAGAUCUUGUAAAAAGAGAGAAUCCGUACAGAAAAAGGAUCAAGUUAUGCAGGAGUUAUUGUGGAGGUUUUGAUGGUCACAAAUUUUUUAGUCCAAAACCAACAAUAUCAAAGAAGGCUUCUUCUUAUUCAAGGAAUUCUUAUUCAUCUUCAAUAUUGAGUAAAAAUUGUAGCAAUAAUCUCAUGAAUAGUUGCAGGCCUUUCCCUAUUUCUUCUGUACAAAAGGAAUUUUAAUUUUCUUCUUUUUUUUACUUUUUUUUUGAGGUGAACUAGAAAUUUUGUAUGCUUAGCAAUCUGCUUGUUCACUGAUUCAAAUGCAAUUAGUUUAGAUAUUGAGGAGAUUUCUCAUUUUCUGGUUCA